UGUAUAAAACGGGGCAGGGGGAGCUCCUGUCGCCAGGUGCCCACCAGGGACUCUACUUGGAAGGGCGCUCCUGCCCAAUACCGAGGCGCGUUGGGCGGCCGAGGGUGGGUGAAGGAGCGCCAAUCAUGAAGCUGACGCAUCCGCUCUUGCUACUAUCGCUGCUGGCGGCGGCGGCGGCUGAGUUCAAUGGGCACAAAGCUCCAGGACUGCGCCGAAGGAGCGACUCUGCCGUGAAACUCUGCGGCCCCGACUUCAUCCGCGCCAUCCACUUCAACUGCGGAGCGUCUCGAUCCAAGAAGCGCUCAGAAAGUCAAGCGGCGGAGGAGCGGCUGCAUCCCGGGUUUGUUCUGCCUAUCAGUUACGAAGGGAUGGAGGAUCCAAAGGAGCGGUCAAGCUUUGAUUUUUCGAAAAGGGAAAUAGAGGAUGAAAUUUGGCAAUAUAUAAGUGAAUUGGUAAAGCUGAGGGAAUCAAAAGGUCUCCUCAGAAAACGUGACUACUCUGCGGUGGUGGCUGACAGGUGUUGUAAAAAGGGAUGUUCCAUAGCUGAGAUUAAUACACUAUGUUAAGAUUACAGUUACAUCUCAUUUUUUUUUUUUACAGAUCAAUGAUAUUGGGCUAGUUAUGGGCUAUUUGACUGAAUACUGUGUGCAGGAAGAAUCAGUAAAGACUAUUAACUGUUAAUUUAUUUUGUUUGCAAGUUACUGAUGGUGUACCUCUUAUUAAAUACAAAAACUACUACAUGUACAGCUGUCUGCAGAACUCUCUUACACUUUUAUUUACUGCUUCUAAAAAUGUUCAGUUUUUCUAUUUCUAGCUACUCUGAAAUCAUGCUGAUGUUCAUACAAUAUUAGCAAAAUUGUAGAAUUAAAGCAUAGAUUAUA